AUGAGCGACACGUGGGUGAUUGUCGGUGCAUCACGAGGCAUCGGUCUUGAAUUUGUGCGGCAACUCUUGCACAACGGCUUCCAUGUCAUUGCAGGGGUCCGUAACUUAUCCAAGGCCGAGAAGCUGGAUGAAGUGAAAUCGCAGCAGGCAGGGCCAGAACGAUGUAUCAUUGAACAGUGCGACAUCACAGACGAGCAAAGCAUUCAGGGCUUUGCCGACAAGGUGAAAGAGGCUACUCGUGUCAAUGGCCUCAAAGUCACCAAUAUAGUCUUGAAUGCCGGGAUUCUUCACUACCCUAACCGCGCGACCGAGAUCUCUUUUGCCGACUUUGCUCUUCAUCUGCAUACCAACACUAUCGGGCCUAUCAUCUGUGCCCAGAAGCUGUUGGAUCUCAAUCCGGACUCGCCCCCGUCCAAAGUGGUCUUUAUCUCCUCCGACUCGGGUUCAACGACCAUCUUCCGCGACGACGAAGAUGGGUUUGGAGCCUACGGCGCCAGCAAGGCUGCCCUCAACCAGAUGCUCAGGCACAUGGCUGCCGAGUUGACUCGAAAGGGUGGCCAGUGGACUCGGACGAGGAUUCUGGCCAUGCAUCCUGGUGAAGUCGAGACAGACAUGGCCAAUAUUGACCUUGGGUGGGAGGUGCACGGGUCUAUUUCCGCCGAGGAAAGUGUACGGUGCAUGCUGAAGGUAAUUUCGGAAAAGGACGAGACUGGCAGUUUCUGGUGCUGGGAUGGAAGGGUACCCGGUCAAAUGCCAAGCAUCGAGAAGUCUCAUGAGUCAAUGACCUCAAAACUGAUCGGACGGUGGAAAUCCAGAGAGUUCAAGUGA